CAAGUUCAAAAAGAGCCGGACUUUCGAAAAUCUCUACAAAGAACGAGAGAGCUUCACACUGAAGCUGCUCCUCCUUCACAUCCUCCUCCUCCUCCUCUUGCUUUUCCAUUGAUUUCCUCCUUUUUUUUUUUUUUCUUUUUUUCCUUAUACUGUCGCAUCUCCUUCAUCUCCCAAAUCACUCGAUUGCAGGCUCCACAACUCUGCAACACAUGGCCACCCAUCUCAGCCUUCACGCCUCCACGCCCACGCUACCUUUCUCCAGACACCAUCAGUAGGCCAAGCACUAUGGCGUAGGCGCUGUGUGCUGCUACCCAGACAAUCUUAGUGAGUUGAGGUCCACUGGCAGCGCCGUUUGGAAUCCAAGGCACUCUGCGGUUUCAGAUCCCUAAAGUGUUCUUCAGCCGAAAUGGUUGCGGAGCCUUGGAUUGUGAAGAUGGGCAACCAGGUGAGUAGCAAUCUCAAGAACGCUCUUCUUCUAGAACCUUCCAAGAGGAAAACCCCAAAAAGCUCCGACAACCGAGAGGUUAUUGGGAUUCUCUCUUUUGAGGUUGCCAACACCAUGUCUAAAACGGUUCACCUUUACAAAUCUCUUACUGAUCAUGAGAUCUCCAAGCUCAAGACUCAGAUCUUGAGCUCCGAGGGCGUCAAGAAAUUGGUGUCCGAGGACGAGUCCUGUCUUCUGGAGCUGGCACUGGCGGAGAGGCUCGAGGAGCUGAACCGCGUCGCUGCUGUGGUGUCUAGGAUGGGGAAGAAGUGUUGCGAGCCGGCUUUGCAAGGGUUUGAGCAUGUGUAUGGGGAUAUUGUGAGUGGAAUGAUUGACGUGAGAGAAUUAGGGUUUUUGGUCAAGGAUAUGGAGGGAAUGGUGAGGAAGAUGGAGAGGUAUGUCAACGCCACGGCCAAUCUUUAUGGUGAGAUGGAGGUUCUGAAUGAGUUGGAGCAAGCCACCAAGAAGUUUCAGCAGAAUCAGCACGAGGAGAGUCGUCGUGCUUAUGAGCAAAAAUUGAUGUGGCAGAAGCAGGACGUUAGGCAUCUCAAGGAGAUUUCGCUCUGGAAUCAGACUUAUGAUAAGGUUGUGGAGCUGCUGGCGAGGACGGUGUGUACCAUUUACGCAAGGCUCUGCGUGGUCUUUGGGGAUUCUGGUUUGAGGCGGGAAGGUGUUGGCCUUUUUGGAGGAGGUUCUGGGAUUUUGAAUGAUGAAUGCAGGCGAAUUUUGGGACAGAUCGAUAAUUUUCAGGUGGUUUCUGAACCUUCGAAACGGAUUCUGGGCAAGAGUAAUGGUUAUCAUUCGGGGGCAAUUGAGCGAGCCGCAGUAGAGAAGAAGGGAACAGUGAUUAGGCCUCAGAUGGGCUUACAACGAAGUGAAUUUGGGGCAGUUAGACCCGAUGAUUUUAGUUUUCCAUGUGGAGCUAGCCCAGGGAGGCUUUUCAUGGAAUGCCUUAGUUUGAGCAGUUCAGCUUCAAAAAUGGAUGAUGAUGAUGUUAUUGAUCAUACUGACAGAGGCAGCCAAGUUUCUGAUUGUUGCAGUAGUGUGAAUGGUGUGAGGAGAGAGCAACCAAGCAAUUCGGGUUGCUUCACUCGGACCCAAAUUGGCAUCCCAUUCAGUGGAGAUCAAAGCCAAUCCAGAUGUAGUUUGACGAAUAGCUCCCGAUUCAGCCCCAAAAGCAGGUUAGCAGUAAAGGCUCCUCCUUGUACCAUUGGAGGCUCUGCUCUAGCAUUGCAUUAUGCAAAUGUUAUCAUUGUCAUCCAGAAGCUGCUUCGGUACCCACAUUUAGUUGGUGAAGAAGCUCGUGAUGAUUUAUACCAAAUGUUACCGACAAGCUUGAGAAUGGCACUGAGGACUAAUCUAAAGUCUUAUGUAAAAAAUCUUGCAAUCUAUGAUGCUCCCCUUGCCCAUGAUUGGAAGGAGAGGCUGGAUGGGAUACUUAGAUGGCUCGCCCCACUGGCGCACAAUAUGAUCAGAUGGCAGAGUGAGCGGAAUUUUGAGCAACAGCAGAUUGUCACACGGACGAAUGUUCUUCUGCUGCAGACCUUGUAUUUCGCUGACAGGGAAAAAACAGAGUCAGCUAUAUGUGAGCUUCUUGUGGGGUUGAAUUAUAUAUGUCGUUAUGAGCAUCAACAAAAUGCACUAUUGGACUGUGCAAGCAGUUUCGAUUUUGAAGACUGCAUGGAGUGGCAAAUGCAAUAUUCAAAUUCUUAUCAUCAGUGAAACACAGUUGGAAUUGAUUAUCUGAUGAUGGUAGUCAGGCAUUUUCCUCAACUCUUGAUACUUGUAUGAUGAUACAGAUUAUAGUUCAAUGUGAAUAUCAGAGAUUUGCAUAAUGAAGACGUCUAUCAAUGUUGACUAGAGUUGAUUAAUCUAUCUAUUGCAAGGUAUGGUUAGUUUUGACUCCCUAAUUACAUGACUCUGAUUAUAUAUGAAAAACCAAAGAGCAUCUUUCUUUGUAGGAU